AUGUGCAAUCUGGAAAAUCUCUAUUUCUUGUCUCCACAGCACUGCAGAAAGGCGAGGCGUCACAUCGUGGGGAAUAAUAUUUCCUAUCGGGAAACAUAUUAUCUUCACGACUGGAAGACUCCGUAUGUCAUCAAUGAGGAUGUCGAAAUUAUCAGGACACCCGGACACACUCCAGACUGUGUAUCUAUUAUUGUGAAGAGGAGCAAUUUGGGAGCCAAAGUGGCAAUUACUGGAGAUUUGUUCGAGAAAGAAGAAGAUAUUGUGGAUGAUAGUUUCUGGAGAGACGCUGGAAGCUACAAUGAGGAUGUCCAGAGAUGGAAUAGAGCCGAAGUAGCUUCAACAGCUGAUGUCAUCAUUCCUGGGCACGGUCCAGCAUUUGCAGUCACAGAAGAAAUGAGAAGAGAGCUGAAAAGGCAGGUUCACAAUAACUCUGCUGAAUCAGGAGAAAAAUUAUGA